CCCCACCGGAAAGCCACACUUCAAUGGAUUCGGAGAUUCCGGAACUUUCGGACGAAGCCGAGGAACACGUCAAACUCGACAACGGUGAAGAGGUUGCAUUGCCUCCACGCACACGCCUGGUGGCCACUACCGACGUUCAGCAAGGAAAUACAGUAGUACAGGUGCCAGUAUCACUUCCGGUUGGUACACUAAUUGGUGGAGCUACCUUCAACGUUCUCACCACCGAACAAAUACAACACUUUAAACCAAUGAUUUGCGUCGACAACAACGGAUUCGUCUCGAGCAGUACGGUGGUCGGAGAUUUGGGCAACGAACUGAAACAGACACAUAUCGUGAUCCAGCAGCAGAGUUCCUCCGACAACAACAACCAGCAGCAGGAUGACUCGGGGCUGGUGGAAAGCGGCCAGUCGCAGAACAAUUCGCAGCAAUCCUCACAGCAACAAACCACCCAGGAGUACCGUGUCGAGGGUAACAGUGCACUAGCGAACCAUUUGGCCAACGUGGAGAUAUUGCAGGUGCGCUGUAAAACCACGACCGGUGAACUGUACAAAAGCCGGCUAGGUUCGGGCGGGCGGGGGAAAUGCAUCAAGCAUAAGGACGGUUGGUACACGCCGAGUGAGUUCGAAAACAUCUGUGGCAGAGGCUCGAGCAAAGACUGGAAACGAUCGAUAAGGUAUGGUGGACGUAGCUUGCAGACGCUCAUCGACGAAGGUAUCCUAACGCCGCACGCCACUAGCUGCACCUGUUCUGCGUGCUGUGACGAUGAGUCUGGAGAAACUGCAACUGGUCCCGUGCGUCUUUUCACACCUUACAAGCGCCGACGAAGAAACCAAAGUGAACACGAACCACCCCAGCUGGACAAAAAGAAGCGCAUCGUCGUCACGACGGGUUCGGCCACGUCAACCGGCGCGAACGCCACCAGCACAUCUGGCACCAUUGUUAACAGCAACAACAAUUCUACCAGCAACAACAACGCAGCACACACCAACAAUGCCAUCAUUAGCAGCAAUAGUACCACCACGACGAACAAUACCGCCAUAAAUAAUCAGCAGCAGGUAGCUGUGCAAGCAGCACAAGUGCAUGCGGCCACACGGCAACAGCUACAUCAAGCGACCGCCACAAUAAAUGCAACUCCCAUCAUUACCAACAAUACGAGCACCACAACGACCACUACGACGGUGAAGGUUGUGCAGCAGGAACAGCAGCAGGAGCUGCAGAACGAAUUGAUCACAACCAAAGAGGAACCGUGGCAAACGUUAACGGAGGGAAUCGACUCAACGACAGAAUUCGUGGACCAACAAACUCAAUUGUUAGCUGAAGCUAAUUUACCAUUCGAAAGGAUGAAAUCGUUCUGCACGCAGCUCAUGAAAAUGGUGCAGGAAAUGCGAAAAUGCAUUGUGGAAACGCAGGAGAUGCAUAACCGCCAGCUGGAAUGUAUGCAACGGGAACGGGAUGCCGCAAUACUUACCGUGACACAACUCGAACAGGAGCAAAGCAUCAACAGCAACUGCAUUCCCCCGGGAUCUAUCCAUGCGAAUAAAAAGUGCGCCAACUGUAACCGAGAAGCUUUGGCCGAAUGUUCGCUGUGCCGGAGGACACCGUACUGUUCGACGUUCUGUCAGCGCAAAGACUGGAUAACGCACCAGAACGAGUGUGUGCGCAGUACGCAGGAACCAACGCAUCAGAUAAUGCUAAUAGUGGACGAAACGCAAUAGCCUUUAAUGUUCUAAUCGGACCAACCCGCAAGGGUAAAGCUUGAUCGACGUGUGCAAAUCUAACAAAUCGAUCGGCUGGACUCCGAUGAAGGACAA